GAUCAAUUCUCUCAUAUUUUUCCCCCUCUCAUCUUGUUCUCAUAAGAAAUUUGAUCACCUACACUGAUCCUCACCAAAGAAGGAAAUGCAUCCCUCCAUCUCCAACUUAGGCAUGUGAACCCCAACUCCUCAAACCAGAAAGCCUACAUGAAGCUCCAGGAGGGUUGCCAUGUUUACAUUCGCUUUCCCACAUAAUUACUUGUGCGAAGAUCCUUUUGGUGCACAAACCUCACACUGAAGGCAUCUCCCUAAACUUCCCCAUUCAGUUCACAGUGUUUUUGCUAAACAGACCGUAUCCCUAAGCACUCUUGCUAUUCUUCUUGCACCAGAUUUUUUUUGUCAUUUGGCUGUGGUACUUAUAGCAGACAUGUCAAAAAGGACGAGUAUGAGAUUUUAGCCUUAAUCUCUUUCAGAACCAGAACUGUCACACGACUUUUAAAAGCCCCUUUCUCUUUUAUGCCAAAGGGUUUGUGUAUUUUCUCACUUCUUCGUGUAUCCCCAUGGUAGUCUCAGUCUUGGUUCCCCAGGGGAGGUUUCUCUUCAGCUCUAGGACUAUGUCAGCAAUGGAGGUCAUGCAUCACACACAACAAUGAUAUCUUUAUGAUUUUUUUUAAUUAUGAAUGUCAUGAUUUUCAUAUCUUUUCUUUUUUCUCCCUGUUUGUACAGCCAAAAUCAUGGACUCAAAGCUGGACUCAGACAGAUUAUUUUUGUUUGUAUGGAAUAUGACACGGUAAUGGCCUUAGGAAUGUGCCAUUGGUUUUGUUCUUUCAGUAAGCUCAGAAAUUUGCUAUAGAAAGGCUAGGAUAAAAAAACAAAACAUAAAUAGAUGAAAAAUCUGCUAAGAAAUAACUUUACAAUGGAAAAUUCAGUGUUCAUCUUUGGAUUAGUUUUUAAGUUCCAUUAGUUUACAGGAAGACUUUUUUUUGUGCUAGAUUUACAGGCUUUCCUAUUGUACAGCAAAUAUAGUUCACAUUCAUAUAGUACUUUAUUUGGAUUCCUACCUGGGAUUCUCAGUGCAUUUACAGAUGUGCAUGUGAAAUGUGGAAAAGAGGUAAGGCAGUGGUAUGCUAAUCAUCAUCAACAAUUUCUCUCAGUAAAUAUAUUAAUGUACUAACCCAAAAUAACUAAUAGAACUUUUUCAUCGUAGUUCAAAAGAAAAUCAUAGUUGCAGAUGUGCAUUGCCCAAGUCAGCCAUAAUUACCUUGGAAGGGAAGUUUUUGUUAUUCUGUUUUUGUCGUUUAAAUUAUACACACUUUAUAUACACCGUCGAGGUUUCAUCCUCUUCUGCCAGCCUAUGUUUUUAACAGCGAGGGAAUUUGACAGAAUGGUGACUAAUCCAAGAUCUUGUGGAUGUAAGAUUUCAUCAUGACCUACUUUGCCAAAUAAUUUGAUGUGAAUGAUUGGAUAUUCAUACACUUUGCUGGUGUUCAUAACUUCUAUUUGCCUGCUCUAACCAAAAUAUGGAAGGUGCAUUUCUAUGAAGUAUCUACGUGGAACAUCCAUUAUCACUGAUGUUUCAUCAAGAAAGCAUUCACUGGAAUAACUUGAUUGGUAUGAUAGGACCCCAGAAUUGUGCUAGAGCUAUCUGGUAAGCUACAACACAUGCUGGUUUAGUAAAGGUAUGGGAGCAUUCCUUUUCUUCAUGCUCUUCCUGCCGUGCCGUGAGUAUAGCAGAUUGUAAUUCUGGGUGAUUCAACCUGGGUAGAGGAGAAUGGUGUCACAUCAUUUACCUUUAGGCUUCAUCGUACUGGAGCAGCUGUCAUAUGGUCAUGAGAUACCGUAUGUAUAAUCAGAUACAAAAGUUGUGUUGUUAAUUCUGGUUAAGUACCAAACAUCUAGUAAAUUCUGUUAGGUCCUCCAUAUAGUUUCACAGGUUUUAUUCAAUUGGCAGACAAAGACACAACACAGCUAUUGUCAUUCACUGUACUUGUCAUAUGCUUAUGGGAAGAAGAACGGCUAUAACCUUUUUGGCUUUUUCAUAGGCUUGUUUUAGGGGAGUUCUGAACUAUAGCAUGGAUCAUCUGCUUCUGUGAGUGGCCAGUGCAGAGUGUAUUUAGACAUGCAUUAGAACUGAGAAACUGUAAGCCAUGCAGUGUCAGGCUGAUUGAUUUCCUUGAUUGGUAGAUUAUUUUUUUUUUUUUUUUUUUUUUUUUUUAUGAAACUUUUUAAAACUAGUUGAGAAACUUGAUAAAACCUAUCUUGGUUCCUCUUGAAUUUUAGAAAAAUGUGAUCUACUAGAAUUAACACUUUUCAUUUCAUUUGAAGUCAUUGUUAGCAUAUACAUGGGCUUGUAAACGCACAACACAAAUGGAAAUCACAGGAUGUUAGUAAGGGUCAUGGGUUGGCUUGGAAAAAAAUAAAUAAAUAAAGAUAAAUUAAUCAAUUAAUUAAUUAAUAAAAAAAAUUAUGAUGAUGAUAGAUCAGCAAAUAGGAGAAAGUAUUAAUAUGCUUAAUGUGCAUAUUUACUCAAAUCUUUUGGAAUACACAACAUCAUUGAUUAUAACCUGAAAUUGGAAAAUAGUUGAAUAGAUAAUGAAAGUUUGAUUUGAUACGCCUGUCUAGGGUAACUUGAGAAACAAUCUACAUAUAAUAAAGUUUUGUUAUUGUAGGGUUGUCAGUCCAAGGAUAUCAUUCCAUUAUCCAAAUUUACAAUACAUGAUAUUGAAUCAGAGAAGAAAUCAUGUAAGUUUCUUGCCAUGUCAUCAACAGUGGAUUAAUGUAUGCGAGAAAUGAUGGAGGGAAAGUUGGUUUUACAGGCAUAUGUGAAGAACUACAAGCAAGUAUUUUUGAUGAUUAAAAGAGCAGUUCAUUAGUUGAAGUCACAAACAAGUGAAAUAUCUCAUCUGAUAUAAAGAGUUCAAUAUACUCAUUCAAACAUACACUUGUCACACAUUCAUAAGUGAGCUGAAAUAUCUGCACACCCUUACCAAUACACGGACACUCUCACUUUUUCUUAUUCUCUGAUGCUAGCACAUACACUAUAAAUAUAUGUAUACAUACUUAUAUGUACAGAUAAGUAGAUCUAUAUAUAAUUACAUGUUUGUAAUUGUUUGGAUUGUCACUUUACCAAGAUUAGAUACUAGAGACCUCAUCGGGUGUUGUACAAAAAAAUGCUUGUGUGUGAGUCGCUGGGAUGUCGCACAAAGCUUGGAAUGUGUUCUGUUUAGAUCUCCUUUUGACGUCUGUGCUUCCGUUUUCUCUUCAAGGACUUUCAGAUUGUGUAAUGCAUGAUCCUCCUCCUUCUUCUUUUUUGUGGCUGUGUGUGCAAUUAACCAUCUUUGUGUUUGGAAAGAGUUUCGCAAUGAACCCGCCGCCACUCCCACACCCCCUCCCCUCCCCUCCCUCAAGGACACCUCCCUUCCCCUUCCCCCCCUUCUCCCCCAUCCCUCUUUUACCACUUGGAAUUUAGGCCCUCGACACAUUUUUGAAGAGAGGUAAAGAUUUUCAAGUUUUGAUACAUUUCAGGAUAAACUGAUGUCUGAUGCCCCAAUGGGAUCAGUAGAAAUUUCGGACAGUGUGAAUGGCAGUAGUUUGACCUCAGAGAAUGGCACAUUCCUGAUAUCUGCUCCCGACAGUGAACCACAUGGAAAGAUGCCUGGAGUUUUAUUCCCUGAACAAGACCUCAAAAAUGACGAAGAAGAGAAGGAAACUCAUGCCAGAGAUCUUUACGAGGACUAUGACACAGACGCGCACCACGAGAUGUUGACAAACCAUUCUCGGGGGGAGCUGGAUGAGUAUGAGAUGGAACUAACCAACUGGCCACCGGUGAUAAACUCGACAGAAGCUCAAGGAGACGGAGAUGAUAACCAGCUUAGCAUUUUUACAGGCUUACUUAACAUCUCUCUAGAAGAUGACUUAACCAUGUAUAUCAUCAUUGGAGCAGCAGGCCUUCUUCUCUUCAUUAUCAUUGUCAUCACAUCCAUCGUCGUUUACCGCAAAAAAUACCCCGUUCGCCUGGGGUUAGGGCGCAAGUUCGACACUUUCCAGAACCCCAUAUACGAGAAAACGGUAGUGAGGAUGCCCAUGCAGGUAGAAGAAACAGAGGUAGGGAGGAAGAAGAGUGAUGCGGAGGAAAUGAGUGAUUGCACAGUGUUAGAAUGAGUUGGACUUUGUAUUUCACAUGAAAUAGCAGGAUGAGUUUGUGCUUGAACGGUAUAAUGUGAUUGAUAGUCUAGUCUGGAUGAAGAGUUUGAUUUUUUAUCAUUUUAUAGUAUUUUCAAAUUGAAAGUAUUGCAGUAUUUGCUUUGGAAAGUGAAAGUACAGGUAUGGCUUAUAAAGCAUCGAGAGAAACGAAUUUUAUUGAAGGAAAGGUGAUUCUGCUGUAUUAGCUAGUAUUAAGACAUUCCUCUUGGCCUGCAAGAAAAAAAAACAAAAACGGAAGAGUGCAGGAAAGUGUCUUAUGGGUCCAAUUUAAGUGAUACAUGCAAUUCUUGUCAUGUCGUUGGUGAUCUCAUGCUCCAGGAUUUUUCUAAUGAUAAUCAAUAAUGUAUAUUUAGAAUUAUAAUCCACUUUGUAGUGAAUGGAACAAAAAAAACUGCACUUGACAAGGAUAAUCAAAUGAUACACAUUGACAAGAAUUGCAUAUGGGCAUUUUAUAUUAUGUGCAACAUGAAAGUGUAUUAUUAAUUUUUAGGAACAUUUUAUUUUUUGAUACCUGGAUUGACCCAAAUCUGUUUUGUUACGAUUCUUGUGUCCCAAGAUAAUAAUCCUCGUCAGGGAGAUAUUGACGUCAGAAUUAGUCUGAUAAUGUAUGCAUGGUUAACGUUUGUGUACCAGUAUGGAUGAUUUACAAUAUCUGCUCCUUAUAGCUGUUAUUAUCACUGUUCAUUGGAAGUGAUAUAGGGAAAAGGAAUAUGGAGUAAUCCAAAUGCAUUCAGACAGAGAUAUUUGAACUUAUUAUUUUUAAACUCCUGAUAAAAUUGCUGACUUGCUUCCGUUGGAUGAUAGCCCAUGGAGUAAGUUCGUAUUAUUUCAGGAAUUGAUUAUUACUUUAGGUACACCAACUGCAGAUUUUACCACCACUUUUGUAGGCGUGAGUUCUAAGAGUAGACCUAAGAAUAGACAGAUUACUGAUCUACACAGUGCAUAACCUGUGUUUAAUAAAAGUAUCAUAAGUCCUGUUCUGGUGUCCUGGCACAGGUUGCAGCUAAAUACUAGAAGUCAGUAUUUAUUUAAUCUCAACACUAUGUAUUGCUUACAUAUCUCUACAUUGUGCUAAACUUUUAAAAAGUCCAGAUGUAAGAUGGGCUGUUGUCUUCACUCACCCUUUGAUCACCGGUGCUCUACUAGAGUAAGGUUUUUUUGUUUGAAAUCUCAGUUAGUUUUAGGAACCUAUCUAUUUUUUUAUAAGAUGUUGCAUGGUGCUUUAAGUUUAUUGAGCUCAGUUUUAUUUCAGAGCUGUAGAUGGCUGAGAACAAGCUUUGUUUUAUAUGUUUUUAUUCUAUAUGUUUAUGACCAAAUAGUGAAUGUGACCAGUGCUGCUAUUCCCUUGGAUUCUCAAGCUAAACGUCUACAGCUUCAGCUUUGAUGUUUGUUUGUUUUUAUGUUGGGAAUUUUUUGUCUUCAUUUUACGCUUCUGGUUCUCGAGGAAAUCUUCGCAUUCAUCAAAGAUUUUCCAAGUACAAAUGAAGACAAGUUAUUUGCAUUUUUCAAAAAGAAAGAAAAGCCGAAGAAUCCAAUAUUACUAUAUUAUGAAUGCAAGUUAUUUUCAUAGAGUAAGUUUAGCAAAAAGGGAUAAGAAAAUUCAAGCUUUGAUUUUCUUGUAAAUGGAAAGUCACGUAACAUUCUGUUUUGUGCCAAAGUUCUGUAAAUACACUAGUUUUGUCAAUACCUCAGAAUGUUGGGAUAUUUUUUGUUGUACCUGAUUCUAUGGGUAUUUGACCAAGCACAAAUUGUAUUUUAUGUAUAAAGUGCAGUGCAUCCUUACCGUAAGGAGUCGGGUGGGAUUGGUGUAGUUCGUCCUUUGUGAAGCAUUGGAGAGCACAUUAUGUUGACUUCCUGCAUCGUUGUUGAUUGAGAUAAUCAUUGCCAUGAAAAUCACUUCUCACUUUCACAGUUUUAUAAUGUAAUUGACCUGGUUACGGGAUUGAAGCAAAUAGUGAACAAUGGCAGCUUUAUAUGGUGAUUAUAAGUUUUCUUCUUUCUUUUUCUUUUUUGAUUUUUUUUUUUUUUUUUUUUUUUUUUUUUUUUUUUUUUGCUGUAGUUCUUUUUCUUUUUUACUUCAAAGUUCUUUACAGGAAGGAAGCACUGCAUAAAUAAAAGCAAAACUAUAGUGUUGGUUAGAUUGCAAAAGAGUAAACCCAAGAGCUGCUAAUCAUUCAAGUAUUAUAUCAUGUACACUGUUUUUGAAAAUUCAUGUAUUGCUGAUAUCUGUUAACCACAGGUAUGUAUUCUUUUGUAAUGCCUCCAUUUCCAUACAGUAGUCGCAACUGCCACUCCCCUUUUUUUAUUGUGUACAUUUACAGCUGCAAUGUGUAUGAACCCACACUUAUUUCUAGUCAAGUAACAAAUCAUGUGUGCUAAUUCUUGGUUCUCUAAACUGUAGCUUACAAUUUGCCCUUGCUUGCAUAUGUGCAGAUCCUACGGGGAGGUGUCGUGCGUUGGCGGGUGAUUUUCUCCAGGGUCUGUAGCGUGUUGCUGCCGAGAUUCAUCCAGGGCAGUUCUGAUUUAAGCGAAAUUCUUUAUUUUGUGAUACAGACAUAAACCAAUGUUAAAAUUGUCUCGUGCCCUGGAUCUACCUCUCCUAUAGACAUCGCUUGCUGGUGAUAUAUCCUGAUGUAGCUUUUUCGUCUGCAAUACUGUACUUUAUUUUUCAUCUUUGUCUUCUUCUAAAUUGGAAAAGUCAGAGCAGACUAGAACUAUAGUUAUAAUUCAUCCAAUUUUUUAUGUUUUUUUUUUUUUAAUGUUUUGUCUUUGGUAUAUUGCUCAGAUUAUUGUGAUGCAAUAAUACUCAUUGUGGCUCAAGUUAGUAGUGAAUUCAGUAUUGUAGAAUGAUCUUUAUUUCCCAGCUUUCUACAGUUGUUGAAAUAGUAAAUAACUAAAUAUUCUGAAUGUGGGCUUGUGUCUUGCACUGUAAAUUAUUUAGCCUGCAAAAAGACGACAGAUUUUUAAAGAGCUGGAAAAACAUGGGAUUACCAACCAGAAUAUCAAAAUGUAUUAAUUAGUAGUAUUUGCACUUUAAAGAGCAUUAGAUCUGAAGUAAAAUAUUCAAUAAUAGUCUCUGGUUUUGUUUUGGUUUGGAUGAAGUAAUGUUUGGUACAUAAAAAUACACAUCAGAAUAUAUGCUCAAUGUCAGAGGUGGCUGGUGGAUUUUGACAGAUAAUUUUUUCAGUACAGUAGAACUAAAUGUUGAAAAGUAAUGGGCAGGUAAUUAAAAGCUACCAGGUAUUAAAGACUGAAGUUAUUGUUUAAGAAAGUGAUAUAGGAUCUUUUUUUAGCACUGUGCUUAAAAAAAAAAAAAAGUUUUUCCAUGUAUCUUUGGUAAUGAAGAGACCUCUGUUUGGGAAAAAGGUCUUCACUUAAGGUGAAAUUAUAUUGAAAUUUUCUCAUUAAGUAAUUUCUAAUAUAUAGCCAUACCAGUCUUAAGAAGUGAAUAAUACUCAUAACAAAUAUUUGCCAGCUUAUAGGUAUUACAUCCUGUGAAGUUAGCAGUCAGUUUGCAUUACUGUAUGACUCUUUGUCCACAAAAUUUGUAAUGACCAGAUUUUGAGAUUGGACGGAGAUUCUUUCAAAAAAAAUAUAGUAAGAGCUAUUUUAUUAAUGAAAGCAAAUUUCUUAAGGUGAAAUGUGGCUACUUGGCAUUGAUUAGAAAUGGCAAAAUCCGGUGUUAGGAUUAUCAUCGAAUUGAGAGUAAGUCUAUGGAUGCCAUUUUAUCUUAUAGCUAAGCAAUUGUAAUUUGUAUAAGUUUAAAAAGAAACUUCAUUUGUCGUUGUAAUUUUUAACAACUAGAAAUCACAAGCAUUUCAUUAUCAUCUGCUAGUUUAGGUUUUUAUCAUGUAACAAAAAAAAAAAAGAAAAUUAAAAAUGCAUUGUCUUUCAUGGUGAAAGUGACUUUUCUGUCCUGUUGUCAUGAAGCAGGUGUUGUUGGUGAAGUUAUGUGGUCCCUCAUUAUAAUGCAACAAUAAUCAAUUGCUUGUAAUCUUCCUAUUUUCUAUACUGUAUGGAAGCUUUCAUUAGUAAAUGUUGAUAAGUUUG